CUCUACUAGCAGUAGAACUAGUUACAGUAGAACUAGUUACAGUAGAACUAGUAUAACUAGUAUAACUAGUAGUGAUCAUGGCUCUGGAACUUUAUCUGGACCUUUUCUCUCAGCCAUGUCGCUCCGUUUAUAUGUUUGCAAAGAAGAACCAGAUUCCCUUCGAGUUCCAGAAGAUUUCUCUGAUGGAAGGUGAGUUCAGAUUGGCUGGAAGGGUUGCUGGUUCGAAACCCGCUAUGACCUAUCUGGCUGAGAAGUUCCAGACUCCAGACUUCUGGUACCCGGCCGACCUCCAGCGCCGCGCUCAGAUCAAUGAGUACCUGUCCUGGCAGCACACGGGCAUCCGGAUGUACGGGUCCAAGAUGUUCUGGCUGCGGCUUAUGCUUCCUAAGGUAAUGGGUGUGGAAGUCCCAAAGGAGAAGAUGGAUGGAGCCCUGGAGGACCUGAACAACGCUCUGAACCUGAUCGAAGAGAAGUUCCUCCAGGACCAGCCGUUCAUCGGCGGAGACCACAUGUCUCUGGCCGACCUGGUGGCCAUCGUGGAGAUCAUGCAGGUGAGCUGAAC